UUCCAGACAAAGGGGAAAAUAGAGUAGACAGUGAGAUUUUGAAGUUGCAUGAAUGACAUAUUCACAGAACAGCAAAGAGACCAGAUGGGGCAAGAGGCAGGAUUUGAGGACCGUACCGACCUUGUGGUCAGAUUGUGAAGUCUCAAAGUGGCUUGAAAAGGACAUGCAGGAAAGGAUUAUCAAAGAUAUUUGGAGACAAAUGAUGUGGAAGCAAAUGUCAGCAAAAAGCAAUGUCCCUCUUAUGCACAGAGGAACAGAUUUUAGGGUGAAGAAGAACACAGCACCCUUUGCUAUGAGAAACCUGUAAUCGUGAGGUAUACAGGGGGGCUGUGAAGUAGGACUGCCUGCUGGUGAUCCCCCGCUCCUCCACGUGCAAGCACCGUGACAUCAGACAGAUUAAUUAACCUCUCUGUGCCCUAGUCUUUUGUUUAUAAAAUGACGAGUAAUUGGUUCAUUUUCUUAACUAUAAAAUCGGGAUAAUGGAUUAUGAGGGUUAAGUGAUAUAAGCCAUUUAAAGCACUAACCAGAGCACCUGACAUACCACUCAUAAACACUCGAUGUGACUUUUUCCAGAAAUAAUGAGCAAGUAUUGGGGGGGCAGAGAUUAAACAAAAUUAAGGGUAGAUGUUGGUGAUGACUGAAAAUAACAACGUGGAGUUAUUUUAAAGGCAGGGAUCAUCCAGGCGAUGUGAACCGAGUCGCUGAAAAGCAGAAAAGGCUGCAGAAGCUUGACCAUUACCUUCCAAAGGGGACUAAUCAAUUUUUGAAAAUCUGGCUAAAAAAAUACCCUUGGCUUGUAUAUGAUGAGAUUCCAAACCUUAUGUUCUGUGGUCUGUGUCGUAAGCAUGGAAUAAAGUCAAGGGGAAAUCAAGUGAGUUUUUUUUAUGGCACUGACAACUUUAGGACUGAGUUUCUCAAUGCACAUCAUCUCAGUGAGGCUCAUGCCAAGGCUUCAUUAAUGGAAGCAACAAGUGGUUCUCCAGGGAACCAAGCCACCGCGGAGCUCAUGGUGAGGACCAUGAGCAAAGUCACCCUCGGGAGAGUAGAGAAUUUAUUCAGAUCAUGCCAUGCCAUUGCCAAGACGGGACGCCCUCUCAAAGACUUUAUCUGGAUGUGCAAGUUGGAUGAUAUGAAGGGUGUCGAUAUCGGCCCAAUAUUCAGAACUAACAAAUCAGCAAGAACAUUCACGUAUUUUAUCGCCGAAGUGGAACGGAGAAAUCUAAGAGAGAAACUAGAACAAAGUAAAUUUUUCUCUGUCCUCAGUGAUGGAAUCACAGACAGUUCAACUGAGGAGGCUGAACUCAUCUACGUGCAGUUUGCACAUGCAGGAAAAGUGCAUUGCCAAAUCGUUGGGGUACAGUCAGUAGAAAAGAAGGAUCCUCUGGAAAUAAGAAGUGCCAUUGAGAAAACUCUAGAGAGAAAUCUUCAGCUUAAGCUCUCGAGCCAAGACUGGGCAAAGAAACUGGUUGGUUUUGGAAGCGAAGGUGCCCCUGGCUCAGAGGGAGAAACCAACGGCAUGGCCAUGCUCCUCAGAGAAAUCCAGCCAUGUGCACUGACUGUGUACUGCUAUGCACAUCAUCUUGAACUGUCUUACAAGGCAGUCUUCCAGAGCAUUCCACUGUACAAUGACAUCAGAGGCCUUCUUCACAGCAUCUACCACUUCUACCACAGUUCUCCUGUCCACAAGAGUUCUCUGAUAACUGCUUUCAAAGGCCUUCACCUUCGCCCUGUGCUGCCUUCUCAAGUAGGGGGCAGGAGGUGGCUUCGGGGAUUACAGACAGCCCUCCAGAACUUUCUCAAGGGAUAUCCUGCCAUAGUGCAGCAACUGCAUUCAGCAGUUGAGGGCAGAAAUGAUACAAGUCACCAGAAAGCCAACGAACUCCUGGAGUUCCUUCUCCAAGCAGACAUUGUUAAAUUUGUCCAUUUCUUAGUGGAUGUCAUUAACAUCCUUAGCAUUCUUUCCCGUGUCAAUCAAAACAGAAAUUCUUCCAUUGCUGAUGUAUUUGCCACUUUAGAGUCAACACUGGAAAUGCUCAGAAUAUAUAAAACAAGACCAGGACCAAAAGAACGUCAGGUUGAUUCAGCCACCCACUUUCAUGGUAACUGUCUGAGAGGAAAGGGAAACAUUUCUGACGUGAGAAGCACGGUCUUAACACAUCUCAUCAAGAGUCUGCAAAGUUGUUUCAGAGAUGCCAGCCAAGAUGUGGUGAAGGCUACCGUCAUUGGAAGCUUUAAAUUGUGGCCGGUGAAGAUAAAUCCAGAAUUUGGAGAAAAAGAGGUAUCCAUCUUGAUUGCCCACUAUGAACCACUACUGGAAGCUGCCAAUGUGGAAAUCGAUGAAGUGGACCCUGAAUGGAGCAUGUUGAAGUUAGAGAUUUACACUAGAUUUCAGAACAUCCGCAAACUGACCUGGGAUUUUGUGAAUUCUGUUUACUUGCACAAGUAUCCAAAUAUCCUGACACUAGUGGACCUAGUGCUCACCCUCCCUGCAAGUUCUGCAGAAGCAGAACGUGGCUUUCGUCAAAUGAAACGUGCCAAGUCACAAAUGCAUGCCACAAUCAAGGGUGAAACUAUGACAGAUCUCCUAAUAAUUCAGUUGAAUUCUCCAGACAUUAAUAACUUUGACCCCAGGAAAGCUAUCCACUUAUGGAAUACAAGAACACCAUCUUCAACUGGUGACACAAGAUCUAAUUCCACUUGUUCAUCAAACUUGGAAAGCCAUUAUGAAAGUGAUUAGUAAUAUGACAAAUGUGGACUUCGUCAUUGAUCAGAGCAAAAACAAAUUCUUUUUAAUCUGAAAUUUAGAAGUAACACAGUAACCAGUCUUUACAUCAAAUGCAAAAAGCAUUUGGCAUCAUGCCAGGCAAACAAAGCCAAAAUCGGUUUUCCUGUACCUUUCAAAGUCCUCUACAUCCACACAUUCUUUCACGAUUUUUGGAUGGAGGGGAUCCUUCUAAGCAAUGGUGUCAUUUUGAUGUCAUCUUUUGCAGAGUUAUUGCUAAAGGGUGACUAGACUAUGAUUACGAUCUGAAUUCUUUUAGGCCUGGCAUACAAUUAACAUCUUUCCUGAAUAAUUGUAAAUGAAAGUUGCAUUAGAUAAAUAACUUAGGGCCAAACUGAAAAGGGGUAUUUUUUUAAUUAAUCAAUGAAUAUGAGUCCUUUUUAUUUCUUUAAUUUAUUUUGAGAGGGAGAGGGAGAGA